UUUUAUUACGAGGUACAUAUUCAAUCCGUGCAGUAUCCAACUCCAAUGUCCUCUCGAAGAUGACCACGGACCGUUGGCCUGUACAGCAUUGCACCAAUCCUUUAAAUAACGUCGGCUUGCUUGCAUAGCCGGUCCCUGAUGAUCGCCCCUUAUGGCACGCGGUUGCCACGUCUAAGUCCUUACUUUUCUUUCUUUUUCCUUUUUUUCGUGGGUCGGAGACCCUUCCCUUCGUUAUUCGCCGUUCAGCCAGCGCAGGCGCUCUUUUCAUGUACUCUCUCUUUUCGCUAUGCUGGCUUUUGAUCACCCCCGUGUCAUUCGCUGCGGUGAUACCUGGCCGCGUGGAGUUCCUACCACAGGACGUGACGAACAUUCCUGGUGGAUUCGACCUGCCAAUUUUAAGAAGCAGAAGAGGCACAGUUGGUAAACGGGGUGAUAUCAGUGGGUCUGUUGGGCUGGGUGACAAUUCCGACCUGUUAUACACUGUUCCUAUCGAGCUUGGGGAUGAUGCUACUGCUGUACACCUUGACACAGGAUCCAGUGAUCUCUGGGUAAUCACCGACGCCUGUACUGGCGGGACGUGUGCAUCUGUAACCACAGCACGUUACGAUUCCUCAACGUUAAACUUGACUGGUGCUCAGGUCACCAUGAAUUACGGCGACUCUACCACUGGAACGUCGGCAUCUGGACCUAUAGCUUUUGAAACGGCCACAAUUGCUGGCAUUUCUAUAACUGGACAAACUUUUGUCGCCGUCAACACCACUACGAACCCCACCGUCAAAUAUGGUGCAGCUGGCAUCUUUGGCUUGGGCUUUCCUAGUGGAAGCAAGGUCCAGGAAGCCGUCGUGGAGAAUACCUUUGGUAGCGUUGCAACUACCGAUGACUUCGUGCUGGCGACGUCUGAUGAUGGACCGUUACUAUCUCGCAUUGCCAUGACAAAUUCUUUGCAGGCGCCUAUGUUCUCUAUUUCUCUCCAACGAGAUACUAUUGACAUUGGUGGUGGGGAUGGCACGCUUACUGUUGGCAAGCUGCCCGAUGGCAUUGAUAACUCGUCCUUGACCUGGGUACCUGUAAGACUAUAUUCUGCUAGCGAAGGAGGGCUCAGACCACCUUCGUUUGCUCCAGACGAGGUGUAUCCUUUCCGCUGGGAAGUAGAUAUAGAUGGUGUCUAUCUAGAUGGUCAAAAGAUUGCUGACUCCACCAUAGCGGCUACCGAUGGUGUCGACGGCACUCGUGUAUCCGCCUUGAUCGAUACAGGAAACUCUCUUCUUCGUGGACCCUCGGACGUCGUCAAGAACAUUCUUUCAACUGUGUCGUCUUCAUAUGACGCAUCGGAUGCCAACUCUCAAGCAGUCAUACCCUGCGCAACAGCUCAUACACUAUCAUUUCAGAUCGGCGGCAAGAUGUUCCCCAUAGAUCCUAGGGACUUUAUCGGAGACCUGAGCUCUGGUGAUGCUACCAACUGCGUCGCGGACAACCUCGUCUCCACUGACCCGCCAGGUCUGGGAUCACUCUAUCGCUGGAGCUUGGGAGAUCCGUUCUUUAAAUCGAAUCUCGUAGCGUUCCACUAUGGGAACCUCACCCAUCCCUCGGUCGAUCCACCACGCGUGGGCAUCCUCUCAAUGGUCCCAGACAACGCUGAUAGCCUGCUACAACAAGCAGUUCAGGAUGCAGAAGCUAAUGGCGGGAACUUUGAAUCUACGAUAGAAUUGGCGCCUACCGCUGAGGCCGCAACUGCGAGCCAAGUGACGGUUAGCCUUGGGGAGUCAGCCACGGGGACGCUGGUAUCGGCGUCAGGUAUUGCUUCUGUUGCGGCGACUGGGACAAACACAGCAUCAUCUUCGGAUAACAGCAGUGAUGCGUCAACUAAGCAGGACAAUGCCGCAAUGGUCAUCGGAAAGGAUAGUAGAGAGUGCUUGUUCAUACUGGUUACAGUGGCUAUUGUUUUGCUGUUUUAAUACGGACAACGCGAUAUAUUCAGGACAUAGUAUGUGAAACCCACAGACCGAGGAGUAUCAUCCCCCCACCAGGGAAGUUCGCUUAGGAACUUGGAGCCGUUCUGUUGCAUAUAACAUUAUGAUGUAGUUUAUAGUAUUCUAAGAACCGGACCAGUCGGUUCUGCAUACUGAAUAGGCUCCUUCUGACAAUUAUCCCAGAAGAUUUCCUUCACGACAGCUUUCUUCAUCCGAUCGCUAAUCCCGAAGCAAACAUCCCGGAUUCCCGG